UCUUACGGCAGAGAAGAGAAGUGAAAAGAGAAGCAAAAGGGAAAAAAAGAUAGAAUUCUGGAAGAAGUUUGUAUGUUUGAUUUGGUUAGAAGACAGUUAAGAGAGGGAGAGAGAAUGCGGGGGAAUUACGAAUUAGGAGCAAAAAGAAGAAAAAAAAAAAAACUGUCCCAAUUGGCCAAAUAAAGAAAUUGGCCAAAAAAAGGGGGCGUGGGAUUAGGGGAGAAGCGGAAUCGGAGUUUCAUAGAUAAAGGGUCGGGGGAGGUGGGAUUUUUGGGCACUGCAUUGGGGUUGAGGAAUUUCUUCUUCUUUUAUACUGGUCAAAGGGGAGCGGGAGGGCUCUCUUUCUGAAUUUUGCCGGUGACCCAACUGGUUUCUCUCGCGCUCCCAUUCUCCUGUUCGUCUCCCUGAAUGCCUUAACCAGUGUUCAGGAACAUUCUCGCGAUUUAGUCGCAAAGGGGCGAGGGAUUAAUAGGUUGUGAUGGAUUCCAGAAAAAUGGGUGGAAGUCGGCUUGCACUUGUAAAUCAUGCAUAAACUGAAGAUACAAAGCUGCAUCUGAUAAUUUUGAAACUUACUCUGUCUGACCUUAAUGGUGAUGUUUUCAGGGAAGACAUAUCUUCAGGGAAAACCUUGAUAAUUUUUCUUUCAUUGUGGCAUGCAACUGUACUUAGCUGCAUGAAAUAUUACACAAUGGCCGUAGUAGUUGAUCAGCAUCGUGAAUUUAAGCCAUUUUGCCGGUCUCUGAGAUGUAGGCUUCAAUCUUAUACCCAUCUCGAGUACAGCAAUUGCGAAAUCGACCAAAAUGAUCUUGUCAACUCCUUGAGAGAAGCAUUUGAAGUUGCUAGUAUACAUCGAAGCUUUUCAACACCAUGCCUGUCCUUGGUAGAAGAAGUUGACAACAAACCGAGAAUUAAAAUUGUGGUUGGCGAUGGUUCCACAAGGCUACAUGGUGUCAUAGUAGAGGCUGCAAAGGCUUUGGCAUCUGGUGUCGAUCCAGUACCAGUGUCGAGUGGGUUAGGUGGUGCAUAUAUCUUGCGUAACGAAAAUGGGGUUAACGUUGCUGUGGCAAAGCCUAUUGAUGAAGAGCCAUUUGCGUGUAAUAACCCAAAAGGUUUUGUAGGUAGGUUGGUGGGUCAACCUGGUAUGAGGCGCUCGGUUCGGAUUGGUGAAACUGGCAUUCGUGAAUUGGCAGCGUAUCUGCUCGACUAUGGUGGCUUUGCUGGUGUUCCUCCAACAGCUUUGGUGGAAAUUUCUCAUGUUGGAUUCCAUGUUAAUAGUUCAGUCGGGAUUUCAACUGCACCGUGCAAGAUUGCAUCACUCCAGAGUUUUGUAGAGCAUGAUUGUGACGCUGGAGAGCUCGGUCCCUCUAGUUUCUCAGUCGCUUCAGUUCAUCGAGUAGGUAUUCUUGAUAUAAGACUCUUAAACCUUGAUAGGCAUGCAGGCAAUCUACUUGUGAAGAAGAAACAGAGGCACGACAAUUGUAAUGUCGGGGGAGUUGAACUCGUGCCGAUUGACCAUGGACUUUGCCUACCCGAGUGGCUCGAUGAUCCGUAUUUUGAAUGGCUUCACUGGCCUCAGGCUUCGGUUCCUUUCUCUGAGACUGAACUUGAGUACAUUGCCAAUCUUGAUCCCUUCAAAGAUGCAGAACUCUUAACAACCGAGCUUCCUGCUAUAAGGGAGGCCUCCAUUAGAAUCCUCAUUCUGUGCACCAUUUUUCUGAAGAAAGCUGUAGCUUUCGGGCUUUGUCUUGCGGAUAUCGGUGAAAUGAUGACCCGGGGAUUCGGCAGCGGAGAAGAAACCUUAAGUGCAUUAGAGAAUCUUUGUGCUCGAGCUAUGGGUAACGUACCGAUUAUCAUUUCAGGCGAGCACGAAACCAAACUAGAAAAUGGAGACCCGGAAAUGUUUCAAUUCGAAGGCGAAAGCAAAGAUGGUCACAGCAAAGAGGUUUUAGAUCCCCAACUCCAAGAGACUCUUGAAAUCCUCAAGCCUCCAAAAGUUCCAAAGUUCCCAUGUCCUACAACUGGAUCAAAGACUACUGCUAGAUUAUCCAGAACUGAAAUUGAUAAAAACCGAUACAAUGACGAUAACAACGACAUGUUUCUGAAAAGUAGUAACCACGGUAGUUUGAUCAAGAGCAAGAGUUUCUCAGUGCAGAACCUUCAGAGCGAGAGCGGGGCUAUCUUGUUUGGAGAAAUGAGCAAGGAAGAAUGGGAGCUGUUCUUGAAUAGUUUCGAGAAGCUCUUACCUGAAGCACUCGAGAAGACGAGAUGUGUUGGGGGCCCAAAGCUGCAGAGGAUGGGAACUUCUUGCAAGUUCUGAUUUCAUUUCUUCUUUCAAUAUUUUUGGAGGAAAUCAACUCAAAUCCAAGCGAAAGUGAAACGAGAUGAGAGUGGAAUGCAGUUUGCCCAUCUUUGUAACUAGAGAAGAAGGAACUGUACAUUAUAUUAUGGUAAAAGGAGACCUUUGUUAUAGGAUAGAUGAUGAUGAUGAUUUGAUGAUAGGGGCAGAAACGGAAAAGCGAGUGGUGAAUUAGGCAGCCAUCCUUUCCUUUGUAUAACUUUUUUAAAAAAAAAAAAGGUUUUUCUCAUAUAUUUUUGUUUCCUUGCAACACAAAUCAAAUGCCUGUGGUGAAGAUGAUUUUGUUGCAGGUGAUGAUAUGUCCUUAGAAAGUAUUCUUCAGCUCUUCUUUCCCUCUUUUGUAAUCCCAUAAUUCACUUUAUUAUAAAUAUAUUAUGUAUGUAUGUGCAAAUUUUGUA